CGCCCGAUGACGCGCGGCGCAGCGCCAGUUCGCCCCUGGCCUCCCAUCGCCGCUCUCUUUAGAUCUCAUCCCAAAAAAAACCCCAAAAAAAUUCGAAAAAUUUCUCAAAAACCCUAGAAAAGAUUUCUACAUCCGUAUCCAAUCUUACCCUGUUUUCAUAGAAUUGGAAAAAUUCUAUUUUUUGAGGGAAAUUUCCUAGAAAAAGAGCAAAAAAAAAAAGGUGAGUUUUUGUUGUUCGUCUCUUGCUGGAAAAAAAUGGCGCAGGUGCAGCCUCCUUCUCCGGUGAACGGUGCUGUUGGGAAUCAGUUCCCUUCGACGUCGCUUUAUGUUGGUGACCUCGAGCUUAAUGUCACGGACUCGCAGUUGUUCGAUCUGUUCAGCCAGAUCGGUCCUGUGGUGUCUGUCCGUGUUUGCAGGGAUGUCAACACCCGCCGAUCCCUUGGCUAUGCUUAUGUUAACUACAGCAACGCCAUGGAUGCGGAGAGGGCUCUGGAUGUUUUGAACUUCACUCCUCUCAAUAAUAAGCCUAUUCGGAUCAUGUACUCUAACCGUGACCCUAGCAGCCGAAAAAGCAGCGCAGCUAACAUAUUCAUCAAGAACCUGGACAAGGCUAUUGACAACAAAGCUCUCCAUGAUACAUUUUCUGUAUUUGGUAAGGUUCUUUCAUGCAAGAUUGCUACAGAUACAAAUGGCCAGUCAAAAGGGUAUGGCUUUGUUCAAUUUGAUCAAGAGGAAGCAGCACAAGCUGCAAUAGAAAAACUCAAUGGCAUGCUUCUAAAUGAUAAACAAGUGUUUGUUGGCCCUUUUCUUCGUAAGCAAGAAAGGGAGAAUGCUGCUGACAGGGCUAAAUUUACCAAUGUCUUUGUUAAGAAUCUGUCUGAGUCAACAACAGAUGAUGAGUUUAAAGAAAUUUUUGGCAAGUUUGGUAACAUUACUAGUGCAGUGGUAAUGAGGGAGGCUGAUGGGAAAUCAAAGUGCUUUGGAUUUGUCAACUUUGAGCAGCCUGAAGAUGCUUUCCAGGCAGUUCAGGAGCUAAAUGGAAAGAAACAUGAUGAUAAAGAAUGGUAUGUUGGAAAAGCACAAAAGAAAUAUGAAAGAGAGAUUGAAUUGAAGAGCAGGUUUGAUCAAAGUUUAAAGGAGGCAGCAGACAAGUAUCAGGGUGUUAAUCUAUACUUGAAGAACCUAGACGAUAGCAUUGGAGAUGAUAAACUCAAAGAAUUGUUCUCUGAGUUUGGUGUAAUUACUUCAUGCAAGGUUAUGCGUGAUCCUAAUGGUGUAAGCAGGGGAUCUGGAUUCGUUGCUUUCUCUUCCCCUGAUGAAGCUUCACGAGCUCUUGCUGAAAUGAAUGGCAAAAUGGUUGGUGGAAAACCUUUGUAUGUUGCUCUUGCACAACGCAAAGAAGAGAGAAGAGCAAGGCUUCAGGCACAGUUUUCACAAAUGCGACCUUUAGCAAUGCCGCCAUCUGUCGCACCUCGUGUUCCAAUGUAUCCUCCUGGUGCACCUGGUAUGGGACAACAACUAUUUUAUGGUCAGGGUCCCACCCUUAUUCCAUCUCAGCCUGGAUUUGGGUACCAGCAACCUCUUGUACCUGGGAUGAGGCCAGGAGGUCCUGUUCCCAAUUUUUUCAUGCCUUUAAUGCAACAAGGGCAGCAGGCCCCAAGACCAGGGGGCCGACGUGGUGGAGCUGGACCUGUGCAACAAACUCAGCAACAUAUGCCACUUCUUCAGCAGCAGAUGGUACCCAGAGGGGGACGUGUCUCCCGAUACCCUCCUGGGCGCAACAUGCCUGAUGUUCUGCCUGCUUUCGGUGGAGGAAUGCUUUCUGUUCCUUAUGACAUGGGAGGUUUGCCAUUGAGAGAUGCUGGAAUGUCACAGCCGAUCCCCAUUGGUGCAUUAGCUUCAGCUCUUGCAAACUCAUCUCCCGAGCAGCAGAGGACGAUGCUUGGAGAAAAUCUGUACCCACUUGUUGAACAGCUAGAGCAUGAACAUGCUGCGAAAGUAACGGGAAUGCUCCUAGAGAUGGACCAGACGGAAGUGUUGCACUUGUUGGAGUCACCGGAGGCGUUGAAAGCCAAGGUUGCGGAAGCGAUGGAAGUUCUGAGAACCGUUGUUCAGCAGCAGCCUAAUUCACCUACCGAUGCAUUGGCCGGGCUUUCUUUGAAUGAUGGCAUUGUUUCCUAAAGCUUGUCACACGUUCGAUGUUUUGAAGAUUGGUUCUCUGAUUGAAUACGCUUUCUGGUUGAAUUUGUAUUGGUUUUCUUUAGUUUAGUAUUGUUGGCUUUAUUUCUGAGUUAUGUGUGAACUUCCUUGUGGUGGUGAUACUUGUUGUUCUGUUUAGGAUUUGCAACUCAUGACCUCUGUCAACCAUGCUUAUUUCUGUUUGACAAUGAUACUGACCUGCUGAGUGCUUAAUUUAUUUGGAGUAAGAGGUUGAGCAAAA